AAGCAUAGCAUAAGUAAACAUUAUUCUUGAUAUUUACCUACAGAAAUUACCAAAAUUGCCGUCUUUCCAUGGAAUUUGACCGAGGAAGUGGACGAGCAAGAAUUGAAAGAGCAAAGUUUGAGUCAUUCACUGACUGACAGUGAAAACCUCCUGAAAUGAUCAGAACAUUGGGACUUUCCUCUCUUUUUCUUUUUUGUCUGUUUUGUGAGGUUACCUUCUUCUUCUCAUCUGAAAAUAUCAACACACAUCUGCCUUUUCCUUUUACUAGGAAACAAACAUCUUUUAAAUAGUUAAACCCCUCGAGUUUGUUCAUGGAUCCCAAGCAGCCGCCAGCGCAGUCUAACGCUAUCAAUAUUAGCAACAGCAACAACAAUAUUAUGGUUGAGUACAAUAAGCCUGCUCCUGAUCAGAUAAAAGAAGAUGAAACCAAGAAGCAGCAGCAAUUGGUUCCUAAAAGAAAAGAUAGGCACACAAAAGUUGAAGGCAGAGGGAGGAGGAUACGUAUGCCUGCUCUUUGCGCUGCUAGGAUUUUCCAACUCACCCGCGAAUUAGGUCAUAAAUCUGAUGGAGAGACAAUCCAGUGGCUGCUGCAGCAAGCCGAGCCCUCCAUAUUUGCCGCUACUGGUACUGGAACCAUCCCUGCCUCGGCUUUAGCUGCAGCAGCCGCUGGCCCCUCUGUUUCCCAACAGGGGACCUCUGUAUCCGCUGGUUUGCAUCAAAAAAUGGAUGAAUUGGGAGCGAAUAUAGUCGGGUCCGCUAGUAUAUGUAGUAGUAGUAGUAGUAGGACCAGUUGGCCAAUGAUGUGUGGGAAUUUUGGAAGACCCCAUUUGGCCACAGCAGGAAUAUGGCCCGGACCUACUCCUGUUGUCACUAGUUUCGGGUUACAGACAGCAUUGACUCCAGGAUCAAGCACUAAUUUGGGUAGUGAAAGUUCCAAUUAUUACCUACAAAAGAUUGGCUUUCCUGGAUUUGAUCUGCCUGCAGCCACCAAUAUGAGUCCUAUGAGUUUUACUUCAAUUCUGGGUUCCAGUAAUAACCAGCAAUUGCCAGGUUUGGAGCUUGGAUUAUCUCAAGAUAGGGGUCAUAUAGGGGUUUUAAACUCUCAAGCCUUGAGCCAGAUAUACCAGGCUAGAAUUCACAAUCAACAGCAGCACCAGCAAAAUCAGCAUCUGCAUCUAUCUCCCGAGGAUGAUUCUCAAGGAUCAGGACACUAAUACAACUUCCAGAUAAAAGACCUGAGCUAGGUUUUCAGUGAAUAGUUUUCAUUUUUUUUAGGAGCUGUAUAAAUUAUAAGUUAAAAGCCAACUUUUCAUUAUUCAUUUUCCCUUUAUAUCUGAGUUUGUGUGCUUAUAUCUUAUUUACUGAAAUAGACAUGGUAAUCACAUAAACAUGGGCAAUUUUCUCUUCUACUAGUAUAUAAGGCUUUGGAUAGAUUCACCUCUUUGUUUUUGUACAAGUAAGGGAUUUCCGGCAGUCAAUUGCUAUUUCAAUAUAUCCAGCCUAAAAACUCUGCUCUAGUUUCUUCUGGUUUGGGGUUGAGGUGGGGGGUUAGAGAUUUUCAUUCUUUUCUUUGGUCAAUUCAUCACAUAAAUCAAGAAAACCACAGCACUGCAGCUAUGACAGCUGGUGGCCUGAAAAAUUAGCCCUUAAGUGUAUUGAUAGCUCCAUAAAUGGAUUCUAGUAAGUCAAUGGAAAUGGAGCUGUCAAAAAUGGGGAUGUAACUGUAAGAAACAUUUGGGAUGUGGGGCGGGAAUCAUGGCAUCACUGGAAGAAAGAGUAAGAUGCAGAAUAAGUACUCUUAAAUGCUGUCAAAAGAAUCAAAUGAGGAAGUAAACAAUCCUCCAUUCAGUUCAAUCUUCUUUUUGAUAGAAGUCUGCAUUCAGUUCAAUCUUCUUGAUGAGCUGCAGUAACAGAUUGCCAAUUUCUACUGGAAAACAAAAAAGGGAACUUGGUACUGUAUUGCUGCUUUUCCUCCAAGUGUUAUACAUCUGAUUGCUGGCAUUCCUUCUUUUAAGGGUGGGAUGCUUUGAUGGAGUUUCCAUACUGACACUUCGCUUCACAACAGAAAAUUUUCUUUCAGAACUGUGUUGUGCUCACCAUACAACCUAUAGUGCUAAAACAAAAUUCUUGUCGUUUUAUUGACAUUUUUAGUGUUUGCUUUUCUUUAAGCAGCUUUAUGGAUGAGUAUUGUAUGGACAUUUAUUGAGCUUGAUGUUGUUGGUCUGUAUUGGAAAUCUGGAAGCAAUCUAUCUGGUGUGUGGA